GGAGGGCGCGGCCAUGGCGCAGCCCCGGGUGCUGCCGCAGAGCAAGGAGACCCUGCUGCAGUCCUACAACAAACGCCUCAAGGACGAUGUCAAGUCCAUCAUGGAUAACUUCACCGAGAUCAUCAAGACGGCCAAGAUCGAGGAUGAAACUCAAGUCUCUCGAGCAACCCAGGGUGAGCAAGAUAACUACGAGAUGCAUGUCAGAGCUGCAAAUAUUGUCCGAGCUGGUGAGUCCCUGAUGAAGCUGGUGUCCGACCUGAAGCAGUUCUUGAUCCUCAACGAUUUCCCCUCUGUGAACGAGGCCAUCAACCAGCGCAACCAGCAGCUGCGGAGCCUGCAGGAGGAGUGUGACAAGAAGCUGAUUGCACUGCGGGAUGAGAUCUCCAUUGACCUGUACGAGCUAGAAGAAGAAUAUUACUCUUCCAGCUACAGUCUGUGUGACAGCAAUGAUCUCCCACUGUGCGAAGCCUACUGGAGACAAGACUUUGCCUCGCUGUCCCCCGAGAGCCUCUCGAUGCCGCUGGCCGCUGCCACAGCGGAGCAGAGCGUUGUCACCUCGCAGAGUUCCACGCCGUCGCACCCCCACGUGAACGGGCACGGCGCGGGCCCCGCCGAGCAUUCCUGAGGAGGAUCCGCUGCCGCCGCCGCGGCUCGGGCGGGGAUGGACGGCCCUGCCGCGGCACCGCGCUGCUGGAAGUCUUCCUCCUGCUGUCGGGAGGAGGCGCUGGAGCUGUGCUGUGCUCCCUGCACGGCUGCGGUGCUUCCUCCACGCCGGGACCUUGCCAGGAGCGUUCCUGUCCCUUAAGAGAUAGAGAUGUGUAGACACAAAGUGAAUCUCGUUAUAACAAAUUAGAGCCAGGUUUGCUUUAACGUGAUAGUUACGUGUAGAGUUCUGUAGAAGUCAGUUUGUUUCCAUGUGAGUGUUGGGAGUUGAAUUUCUUUGGGAUAAACUUGAGCCAAAUGUGGGGGCAGUGAGCGUGUUGGGUUUUCACUCUGCUUCCCAAGGUUACUGACGUUAAAGCUCUCUCAGGAUGGCAUCUGACAACCUCUGGUCUACUGUAAAGAGUCUUACAGGAUUUUUACACUUCAGUCUUCACUGUCAAAAUGCUUUACAAACUUGAACUCUUGAUUUGGAAGGAGGAUCCCCACCCAGGAGACCCUUUGGCAGAGCAGUGUUCCCCCUUGGAAGAGGAGCAGGCAGCCAGGGAUCAAUGACAGCACUUCCCCAAAGCCACAAAGAGAAACAGCAUCAUGCUUUAGUCAGUCGAUUCCUUCCUCAGUGUUUACACAGAAAUUCCUGGUAAUAUAUUCUGAGCUAACAUGGAGCCACUGUUUAUGUUGGCUUUUAGCUUUGUGUAAUGAAAAAAUCGGGAGAGCAGUGAGGGAUCCUCAGUUACUCUCAGUUUCCUUCCAAAGAAACCCGUUUGGUGCUUGGUCUGCAGCUGUUGGGCAGCUCAGCACAUCUCCUGUCCUUUCCUUUUGUGGUGGCUCUGCCUUGGCUCGAGCUGUGCAGCUGCAAGGGAGAUGCCACUGAACUGAACACUGUCACUGUCACCACAGCUCGGUGUCACGGGCACCACAGAGCCACCAGUGCAUUCCAACAACUGAGCUGAGCUUCCCCAGCUUUCUGCUGUAAUGUCUCAUUUCUUAGGAUGUGAAUUUUGCUAGUAUUUUUUGGUUUUUCUUUUUCUUCCAUUCCAUCUAUUUUUUGUAAUUAGGUGAUUUAAUAAAACUGACUGUUUUGUAUAAUUUUCAAGGCGUGUGUUUUCAG